AUGCCACUAGGAUCGAAAUCGAGACUCCAAGUUACUAGAAGGACUGGCAAAAGCCGUAUAGUAAAUCACCUAUUAGCUGUGGGUUGCUGUGCUGGUCGAAAUGAAAUACGAGGUUCUCUUCACACCAAGAUCAAGAGCGUCUCCGAGAGAACACAUGUUUCUUUGAUGGGGUAA